CGGAACCUAAAUAAACACUUGUCUGUUUCUGGGGGAACUUUGAAGUAGUUUGACAGACUGUUCAGUCUGUUGUACUUAAUGUGUCGUUAAUGUGAACAGGUAAACAGAACAGGUAGAUAGAGUCCGUUAAAGCCGUUAAUAACGUGCAGAGUCUCGGCUGAGAGGCGGACAUGGUCUCCACGGUCCAAAACACCGACGUGAAGCAGAAGGAUGCUGAUCGUGCCGUGGUCGUUGCAGUGACGUCUCGUGCUGUGUUUGAGCCUGGAGCUGAUGAUGGUGAUGAGGUGUAUAAAGUGGGCACGGCUUUCCCGCUUCUCCAGGCGCUCCAGAGAGUGAAUAAACGUCUGCUGGAGGAGAAUCCUGAUGAGUCGCUGCUGUUCGACGUCGUCCUGAUCACCACCAACACGCAGCAGCAGCAGCGGAGCUCCAGCAUCAUCAGCAGCACCAGACAUUACGGUCUUGACGUCAGCAGGUUUUGUUUUUCCAGCGAGGAGGAUUUCGUCGAGAGUUUACUGAAGAAUAACGUGCAGCUCUUCCUGUCGGCGGACAGAAACGAGGCGUCGCAGGCGUCUCAGAAAGGUGUUCUCUCUGCGCUGCUGGACCAGCACUCAGCUUCCUGUCCACCAGAACAGCUCAAAGUUUUAUUCUCUGGAGACGCCAUCAUCCGGCCCGACACCGACCCAACGCCAGCUAGCCGACAGGGCGCUCAGACCUUCUUGGCUCAGCUCGGUGAGAUGCGGCGGCGGUUUGGCGCGUUCGACAGUCCUCUCAGCAUCGUCCUGGUGACGGUGACUGGCGGCAGGGAAAGCUGCGGCGCCGCCCUGCGGACGCUGCGGUCCCACGGCGUCAGCGUAGACGAGGCGUACUGCCUCGCUGGGGCCCCGAGGGCUCCUAUCCUGUCGCUGCUCCGACCUCACUUCCUGCUCAGCGACGGCCUCGGCGGCCUGGAGGAGUGAUGACGCAACAGCGGGACGAAAAAUCCCUCACUGUGUCUUUAACAGAAGCUUCCUGUCUGGACUCAAACUUUAACAUGUCUGAGUAGCUUUGUCUGUUUUAACCUCAAAGUCUCUGACGAUGUUAUCGUGAGUCUAUUGAUCUAUUUAAAUGUCUGUUGCUGUUUAUUUGUUGUUCUGAUCUGUACUUACUACUGCACUGAAUUCUGGGUAGGUUUAUACCUGUUACAGGUUUACUGUCAUUUCGUUUCUGAAAGGGACUGACAGUGAGAUUUACAGGUUACAGAUUUUUCCAUUUUUUAUACAAAAAUAAAAUAUUAAAAAUAAAAAGGGAAAUACAGA